AAGCUACUCCGAUGUGGAGGUCUGUGGGCCAGCAUGACUGUCCCUCCUCUUUGCCCAGGAAGUUUCCGCCCCUUGACUUGGUGCCCAUGCCGUGUUACCUCAGCAUCCAGUAGACACAGAUGACGUGUCUCUGUGUGUCUCUGUCCCGCUUCCAGCAGGUCCAAGUCUUCUCCUCCCACCACAGCUCUCAGCAGCAGCCUAUGGAACCAGGUGCCUGGGACAACAGGACCGCUGUCACGGAGUUCAUCCUUCUUGGCCUCACAGAGAACAUAAGACUGCAACCCAUCCUUUUCGCCAUCUUCCUCUUUGCCUAUGUAAUCACGGUUGGGGGCAACCUCAGCAUCCUGGCCGCCAUCCUUGUGGAGCCCAAACUCCACACCCCCAUGUACUACUUCCUGGGGAACCUGUCUCUGCUGGACAUCGGGUGCAUCACUGUCACCGUUCCUCCGAAGCUGGCGUGUCUCCUGACCCAGCAGUGCAGAGUUCCCUAUGCAGCCUGCCUCUCACAGCUCUUCUUUUUCCACCUCCUGGCUGGCGUGGACUGCCACCUCUUGACAGCCAUGGCCUAUGACCGCUACCUGGCCAUCUGCCAGCCCCUCACCUACAGCGCCCGCAUGAGCCGAGAAGUCCAGGGCGCCCUGGUGGGCCUCUGCUGCACCAUCUCCUUCAUCAAUGCUCUGACUCACACAGUGGCUGUGUCCGUGCUGGACUUCUGUGGCCCUAACGUGGUCAAUCACUUCUACUGUGACCUCCCGCCCCUUUUCCAGCUCUCCUGCUCCAGCAUCCACCUCAAUGGGCAGCUGCUUUUUGGGGCCACCUUCAUGGGGGUGGUCCCCAUGAUCCUCAUCUCUGUGUCCUACGCCCAUGUCACAGCCGCCGUCCUGUGAAUCCGCUCAGCGGAGGGCAGGAAGAAGGUGUUCUCCAUGUGUGGCUCCCACCUCACCGUGGUCUGCAUCUUUUAUGGAACCGGCUUCUUCAGCUACAUGCGUCUGGGCUCAGUGUCAGCAUCGGACAAGGACAAAGGGAUUGGCAUCCUCAAUACUAUCCUCAGCCCCAUGCUGAACUCAGUCAUCUACAGCCUCCGGAACCCUGAUGUGCAGGGCGCCCUGAGGAGGGUGCUGACGGGGAAGCGGCCCCCUGAGUAAGCUGCCAGUGGCUUCAACCUGCACCUUUUCCCUGAGCACCCCCACUUUCUUAUGCCGAAGGCCUGGAUGUGGGUAGGGGACUAUUCAGGGGUGGAUUAAGGAGGAAGGAAAGGAGACGGUAGGGGCCAGUGUAGAAUAUGUUUUGCCUUGAAUUGGGGGAAAAGGCUAAAGUGUAGCGAAAAGAGUACUUAGGUAGCUGAUAGAAGAUGAAUUAAAGACAGAUGGGAGAAAACUGUAAUGUGGGUUAGGAAAUGGGACGAAAAUCAAUGAUUUUGUAUUUUUAAUUUAAUCACUAUUCAAUUGAAGUAUAUUUAAAAUCUUAAUUAAAGUAAAACUUUGCCCUCCUCUCACCUCUUAAGAUAGAAUAUAUUUGUACCAGAAUGUGGGGUCUGGUUUUUAAAAGAUUCUUCUUCAGGAAAUAAACCUAGCAUUGUGAAAUUAAGUUGGGGUUGACAUAGCCUAGCAGGGAGCUGUCAGGAGCUGUCAUGGCCUGUCAGAGCGCCUGCCAACAUCCUCUUCAGAGCAACACUGUCAAAUACCUGUUCCUGAAACCGGGGUCCCCAUCCUGACUAAUCAUGCUUAGGGACAACACUUUGUCAUGUCACCGCAUGAGCUAACUCUCCCACACCUCCACCUAAAACCUGAGGAUGUAUCAACAUACGUUUCACGAGAAGCAUUCAGAAUAGUACAUUUUAGCAAAGUACCCUGAUUUAUAAUGGGCAUUCUGUUUAAUACACAUAGAAAGUUAGUAAAGCUGGAGAAGUAAGGGGAAACAGAGGGAGAUAUUGUUUGUAUUUACCAGUGAAUCAGUACUAGAAACCAAGAUUUUACCAAAAGUGUGAAACUAAGGCAAUCCAGAGAGAAAUGGUGAAUAGGAUAUAGUCGAUUUCACGUGCAGCUGUGACCAUUCCUAGAAUUUUUUCUGUGAACUAUUUCAGACACUUCUUGGCUCAGACAUCAGAAGUCUGAGAAGAGUGGCCUUACCUCCCUGCUUACUAACUGCCUGAGGAGGGCAGCAUGGAACCCACAAGUUGUCUGAGAAUAUUCUUCAGUCAAACGGAGGUACCCAGAGUCAUUCUCUUGAGUCUCCCUGCAGACAGCUGCCUCCCUAUUCAUCCCUCUCCUCUGGGCCAUGCCCCCUUCUGCACUCAGGGCUGCCCACACUGCCCAUUAACCCCUGGGGCAAUGUCUGUCCCAUGCCAUUCCAUCCUGAAAGCCUACCCAUUUCUUUCUGAUGGCCACUGUAUCACAUCCAGACCUUCGCUGGGGGCGUACCGCCCUCCAUCAUUUCUUCCUGGCCUCCUCCCUCAGUCUUUCUCUCUUAGCCACAUCCUCUCAGAUUCAGCCAGGGCUUUUCCUUGUCAGAUGACCCCUGCAUCCCUUCACUUCUAUUCACUGUUCAUGAUCUCCUCUGAAACAGUAGGGCCGAGCAGUAAGACACCGUCAUAAUCUUCUUUGUGUUCUUUGCAAUUUCUUUUGCUCUCCUCGGCCAGAUUAUAAGCUCCUUAAAGACAGGGACCAUGUUUUAUACUAUCCCAUGUCCUCCAAACAAACAGCAUAGUGCUGAGUGCAUAAAGCAACCUUGUGGAUCAAUUAACUGAUAAUAGAAAGCAUGACCUAUGACAAGAAAUGUGUAGUCUACAUAGGAGGUCAGUGAAACUGCUAGAUGUUUUCAAAAUUCCCUAAAUCCAAGUUAUAAAGAUAUGAAGGGAAAAGGAAAAAAAAAGUAAAGCUUUCUUUUGAGGAAAUAGUCAUUGAGAUUGACAUAACAGGAAGGAGUUACCUGAUUUUGUGUGUGAACUGUAAUGUCAUUUCUCCCUAAAACUGAGAGAAACUGCCUGAAGUUAGUUCUGGGAAAAAAUAUCUCCUUCUUGCAAAGACUUGAAAGGGAAUAUUUAAUUAGCAAAAGCUGAACGGAGCCCCAGGAUGCAAAAUCCUGUCACAUCCAAGACUGGAAUUCAUUCAACUUGGAGCACGUUACAUAGGUG